AUGGCAGUAACAGCUGCAGCCAAGGCGAUCACUACGCAAGCGUCUACCAUCACGAACAACUCGGACGAAGAGGAAGUCACAACGGCUGAAUUUUCCGUCGACUUGACUGACAAUCAGACGUGGGCAAUUAACUUUUACGAGUGUGCAGCUGAAGGAGAUCUUGAGUGUCUUGAAGAAAUUCUUGAUAGUGACCUUGUGGGAGUGAAUGACGUUGAUGUGGACGGUUUUACGGCUCUUAUGGUGGCAGCAGCUGAAGGCCAUCGCAACGUGGUCGAGACACUACUACAGCGUGGCGCUGACAUCAAUAUUUGCACCCAUGAGCUUCGUUCUACUGCAUUGCAUUUUGCUGCAAAGAGUGGAGACGCAGAGAUUGUAAACGCUCUGUGUGAGGUUGAUGCGAAGGCAGUGGACGCUUGGAAUGUUAAUGCAGACACGCCAUUGAUUUGGGCGUGUAUUGAAGGCUGUGCAGAAGCUGUCAAGGUGUUGCUGAAACAUGGAGCUAAUGUCAACGUGCUGAACCAGUACGGCGCGUCGACGUUAAUGUGCGCCGUGAUGAUGGGAGAAGACUCGGAGCAAGAAGGCAUAAAAAGCGAUAAACAACGAGCUGAGAUUUUGACCAUGUUGUUGGAAAAGAACGGGAAGUUAGUGAACUUUCAGGACCGCGAAGGCAGCUCAGCAAUGCAUUUGGCUGCGUCGUGUGGAUACUUGGAGUGUGUUAAGACGUUACUUGCGUUUGGUGCGGAGAUUACGCUGCGAAACGUGAUCGGGCAGACGCCAUUGGAAGAGGCGCAAGACUCGGAGCUGCGUGAAAGCGGGCCAUGUGUAGAGUACUUGCGUGGUAUUUGGCGGCAACUUGAAGAGGAGGCAGCGGCUCGGAUGAUGGCGAUGCUAGAAAUGGAAGAAAAGGCAGAUAAGAGUGCAAGUGGUGGUGCAGGUGGACCGACCGUGACUGCAAUCAGUAAGAAAAGCAAGAAGAAAAAUAAAAAAGCCAAACGUAAGGCGGCAGCUAAGCAGCACCAGCAAGUACGGCAAGAGGAUGACCCGGGCCCGAACUAUUCAAAAGAUAAUCUGAUGGAGCAACAAGACAGCCAUGAAUGUAAGGUUGUGUCUACUAUGCUAGAACCUGUGGUCGUCGCAUCUACUGCUGAGCCUGAUCGUGGCACCCCGACGGUGAAUAGCACUGUUCCUGAAGCGAAGGAUGAUAAAGCAAGUUCUGCCAGCUCCGAUGAGGAUGAGGAUGCGCCAGUCGGAAACUCAGUUGUGUCAUCAGGGAGCGAUGAUGAUCGUGGAGGACACAAUCUAGAAGACAAGAUGAGCGACUCAAGCAACAUGGACGAACAAUUUGCUCAAGAGGUGGAAAGCGAAGCUACGCCAUCGGCUGGUGCGUGGACUACCGUUGGCAAGAAGCACCGGUCUGCCAUUGCAGCAAUCACGAAUACCUUGGUGGUGAGAACACCAACCAGCUUACCGCAUGAAAAGAUGCCACUAUCGACUGUUACAAGGCAAAAGUCUGCACCAAUUUCCCCUUUUACAGCUCCGCACGCGUCUCGACGGAACUUCAAUCAUGGAUUAAGCAAUGUUCGGGAGCGAAGGCCGACUAGUGGACAUACAUUAUCCUUAGCUUCAGCACCAUCUAUCAUUCAGCACAAAGGCGCUAACGCAGAUGUGCCAGCCAGAAAACAUGAGAGGCGCUGGGGAAAGACGAGUGUCUCAUUUUUAGAGUCUCGAUCGAUCUUAUCAUCGUCGCUGCUGAACCCCGACGCUCUGGCCUUUGGAUCGGUUGGACUGACAACCGGGUCAACUGAAACGUCAAACGUAUCAUCAUGUGCGGAAACUAGUGGAAGCAGAUUUCCGACUUCUGUUACGUCACCGUGGCGUUCACCCUUCUAUGGUUCUUCGCCUGCUUCAUGUACCGCAGCUUCUUCGUCGUCAGUAGCAGCAAGUUUACAUUACACAGGGGUCGGGCAUCUAACGUGGAAGCAUCAGCGUGCCAAUGGUAACCACCAAGGUGCACGUGAGACUCGCGAUCGAUGGGUCAGCAGAUUACGACUUAGCAACGAAAGCGUUGCUGAGACUCUGGGUUAUCUGGCCUGCGGUCUAUGUGGUGAACUUGUGAAUGAUAAUUUGCAAUGCAACGGUGAUAUGUCCAGCAGAACUUCUGACGGGAAGACCUCCUCGAUAUGUACACAACUGUACUGUGCAUCCUGUUUAGAGUCGCCGGCAUUUCGGGCAGCUAAUACGGCCCUGUUCAAGUGCGUCAGAUGCCACGAAGUGAUUUCAAAAGACACCAUGACCUGCAACAGCUUUGCGCAGGCCCAAGCUGCGUCACUAGGUCUCUCUAUGCCAAACUCAGUAAAUGCUAGGAAUCAAGACGAUAUACGUCGCUACACUAUGGAAAACAUGCAGCGUGUCUUGGAGGUCUCGGAUUCACGGAUCUCUGCUGUGGAUCUGCAUGCAUUCCAUUUGGUUCCAGGAUCAGAUCUCAGUACGUUGAGCAACGGCCAGCUUGAAGUGCUGGAAAGUGUCCAUCAGCUAGCUCUCGUACAAAUCGUUGAGCAGCGCCUCGCAAAUGCGCGUGCGCUUGAGCGUCUACAAAUGGAAGAAGGGUUGAAGAUGCAACAGGAUGUACUGCAGUUUAUUCCGCGAUAG